GUGUGACGUGAUCAUGGUGCAUGUAACUUGUAAGUUGUAACAGCUGUGACAUUUUCGAGUUGGUCGACGUGUCUAAAUUCUAAUAAAGUAUCCAAUUACCUCAAUCAUUUAGGAUUAUAAAUGUCACAGUCUACACGGAUUCAUAUCACUGUCAGUAUUAACCUUGCAUAUGUAAAGUUUAACUUCAGUUUGUGUUGUUUGUCUUUCGAUGCAUGUUAGUAACAUGCAUAGAAAUAAAUGAAAAUUGAAAUGUGUGUUGGUGCAAGUAGAAUAAAACCUCAUGAGUAGUACAGAUUCAGACGUGGACCCAUAUGAGUAUACACCAUUACCUACAAUGGAUCCAGACGAGUUAUAUACCGAUCAGAAUAAACAUAUGUUGUUACCAUGGGAAGAUCCAAUGGGCAUGACUGUCUCAUCAGGCAGUGUGACUCUACAGAAAGAUUCUCAGAAUCUGAUAGGAAUCAGUAUCGGAGGCGGCUCCCCCCUGUGUCCAUGCCUGUACGUGGUGCAGGUGUUCGACAAUACGCCCGCAGCAAAGGAAGGCUCCCUGGCUGCUGGAGACGAAAUUGUCGGAGUUAACGGACAGUCGGUGAAAGGCCGCACUAAAGUGGAGGUUGCCCGAUUUAUUCAGUCGGUCAAGGUGAGCGGAGAGUCGGCUAAGGCUGAGGUAACAAUAAAUUACAACAAGCUCCAUGCCGAUCCAAAACAAGGCAAAAGUUUAGACAUUGUGUUGAAGAAGGUCAAACACCGGGUGGUGGAGUCGAUGAGUUCGAACACCGCUGACGCACUAGGUCUAAGUCGAGCCAUACUCUGCAAUGAUGGUCUGGUAAAGAAGCUGGAGGAACUAGAACGGUGUGGGGAGAUGUACCAGGGUAUGAUCCUAAACACUCGCAAACUGCUCAAGGCCAACUUCGACCUGUCACAGUCUCACAAAGCGUUUGGCGAGGUGUUUGGUAGUAUUGGGGUGAGGGAGCCACAGCCAGCGGCCAGCGAGGCGUUCUCGAUGUUCGGAGAGGCUCACAGGAGCAUGGAGAAGUUCGCCAUCAAGAUGCUGAAAACCGUCAAACCUAUGAUCUGUGACCUGAACACAUUCCUGCACAAAGCCGUGCCAGACACCAGACUGACCAUCAAGAAAUACCUUGACGCCAAGUUUGAAUACCUCUCGUACUGUUUGAAGGUGAAAGAGAUGGAUGAUGAGGAAUAUAGUUACGCUGCUCUGCAGGAACCACUGUACCGCGUGGAGACUGGAAAUUAUGAAUAUAGACUGGUACUGCGCUGUCGACAAGAAGCCCGAGCGAGGUUCGCCAAGAUGAGAUCGGACGUUCUUGUCAAGAUGGAACUUUUAGAUCAGAAACAUGUACAAGACAUCGUGUUCCAGCUGCAGAAGUUUGUGACGGCGAUGGCGAAAUACCACAACGACUGUCACGCUGUCAUGAAGGAGGCAGUCGUCUUCCCCAUAGAGGUGGAUUUAUCACGGGGAACAUUUACGUACGACACCCAGAAUCAGUUCAAUGAUGGCGAGGAGGACGACGAUGAUGAUGAUGAGGAUGCGGAGGGUGAGGAGGACGUGGCCCCCCUCGAUAUCACAGACACAGGAAACCUGAUUAACACGGACUGAGACAAGGGUUCAUGUUCAUUACAUUCAUAUAUAAACUGUGGAUCACAGAAACCUCGAUAUCACAGACACGGGAAACCUGAUUAACACAGACUGAGACAAGGAUUCAUGUUCAUUACAUUCAUAUAUAAACUGUGGAUCACAGAAACCUCGAUAUCAAAGACACGGGAAACCUGAUUAACACCGACUGAGACAAGGGUUCAUGUUCAUUACAUUCAUAUAUAAACUGGAUCACAGAAAACUCGAUAUCACAGACACGGGAAACCUGAUUAACACCGACUGAGACAAGGGUUCAUGUUCAUUACAUUCAUAUAUAAACUGGAUCGCAGAAACCUCUAUAUCACAGACACGGGAAACCUGAUUAACACGGACUGAGACAAGGAUUCAUGUUCAUUACAUUCAUAUAUAAACUGGAUCACAGAAACCUUGAUAUCACUGACAAAGGAAACCUGAUUAACACCGACUGAGACAAGGGUUCAUGUUCAUUACAUUCUUAUAUAAACUCUGGAUCACAGAAACCUCGAUAUCACAGACACAGGAAACCUGAUUAACACCGACUGAGACAAGGGUUCAUGUUCAUUACAUUCUUAUAUAAACUGUGGAUCACAGAAACCUCGAUAUCACAGACAUAGGAAACCUGAUUAACACCGACUGAGACAAGGGUUCAUGUUCAUUACAUUCUUAUAUAAACUCUGGAUCACAGAAACCUCGAUAUCACAGACACGGGGAAACCUGAUUAACACCGACUGAGACAAGGGUUCAUGUUCAUUACACUCGUAUAUAAACUGAAUCACAGAAACCUCGAUAUCACAGACACGGGGGGGGAAAACCUGAUUAACACCGACUGAGACGAGGGUUCAUGUUCAUUACAUUCUUAUAUAAACUGAAACACAGAAACCUCGAUAUCACAGACACGGGGAAAACCUGAUUAACACGGACUGAGACAAGGGUUCAUGUUCAUUACAUUCUUAUAUAAACUGAAACACAGAAACCUCGAUAUCACAGACACGGGGAAACCUGAUUAACACCGACUGAGACGAGGGUUCAUGUUCAUUACAUUCUUAUAUAAACUGAAACACAGAAACCUCGAUAUCACAGACACGGGGAAAACCUGAUUAACACCGACUGAGACGAGGGUUCAUGUUCAUUACAUUCUUAUAUAAACUGAAACACAGAAACCUCGAUAUCACAGACACGGGGAAACCUGAUUAACACCGACUGAGACGAGGGUUCAUGUUCAUUACAUUCUUAUAUAAACUGAAACACAGAAACCUCGAUAUCACAGACACGGGAAAACCUGAUUAACACCGACUGAGACAAGGGUUCAUGUUCAUUACAUUCAUAUAUAAACUGAAUCAGAGAAAUACAGGGAACAGUUGUGAUGGUCCAAAAUCAUGAACAUCCGUGAAAUGGACAGUAUUGAGAAUGCUGACAGUAAUAUAAUGAUGAAAUGAUGAAGGACCACAGUAUCGCCUGUCAAGAAUCUCUUACAAACUUAAGGCAUUUUCAGCAACAGAUGAACAUAAUGGAUGGUUAAUAUUCUGAGCUCUCGGAGGUACAUUAGUCUUUUGGGACUUCUAAUUCGAUCUUUUGUCUUGGCCUAACAUGGCUGCCAGCCUUGUGAUUGCUUCAAACCUUCAGUCAACCAUUCUGUUGGUGUACAGAUUUUGUUUGGAUUUCAGUCAAGUCGUGAUUCUGUGUACAUGUUGCCUGGACUUUUGUUUUGUACAGAGAUACAAUUUUGGAUGUCCUGGUUGGCUUAUUAUUUUCAAUUAUCAUCAAAGACUUGUUAAAAAUAUUUCAAAAUCAGAUGAACUGAGGAGUAUAAUCUGUAAGUGAGAAAAAGGUUUUCUGUCAGUUUUAUAUUUAGCUCAUUAUGAUGUGAAAUCAAGCUCUAUAUUUCACUGAUGAAAAUUGGGAUACGAAUGACUGAAUAUUUAAUGAAACCCAAGCAAGAAACAGAAUUAGUUGUUGGCUUUGAUAAGAAUGAAUAUACUGCUUUCAAAAAGCAUGUAAACAAAUGUGAAACCAUCAAUAUUUUAUGUGUAAAACAAUUUGAGUUUUUCAUGAGAUGGUUGGUUUUUGUUUUGAAUUGUGAGCAGUUCCAUUUUUGUAUUAUACAUUGGUGCUGGUAUGUGUUAAAUGUAAACAAAAACAGGCUUAACAUUAUUAAUUUAUCAGUUGUUUCUCUGAGUGUGUUUGCUGUUCUGUCCAAUGCUACCAUCAUCAAUUUAUGUUUUAUGAAAACAGAUUUUGUCAUGAUUUUGAGUAUUUUGAAUUGUUAUGUUUGGUUUUUUAUUGUCAUAUUGUACUUUUUUACUUUUUGAAUAUAUUCAUCAAGAGCAGUCGAGCUGUAUUUGUAGGAGAUAUUGAAAUCCUUUGUCUGUUCUAGACAAGCGUUUGUUGUACAAGAUUGCAUUUAGUUAGAACAUGGAAGCAAUGAUCAGCCAUGAUUCACAUUGCUUGUGUAUUGUUGUUAUUUAUUUAAUCUGUGUAAGCUGAGCUAUGACAAAACUAAGAAUUUGACUUGUGACAAGAUGGAGAAACUGACAUUGCCUCAGACAUAAAUGUUCGUUCAUUUGUUACCUUUGGUGGCGACGGAGGGUCAGGGUGUGUUCUUAGCACAAGAAUACAGUUAUAACCCACUACAGUGAUGACCUGUAACAGUUGAGCCUCCCGUGGUCCACAGCUCUGGGACAUAGCUUCACUUGAUGGGCAAGUAUGUUGUUGUGUUCAAGCCACAGGAUUUCAUGGGAAUAGUCCAUUCCAGUAGUGUGUUGGUAGCAUGUUGGUGGAAUCAGAGAACUGAAAAUCAACUAUCCAUUAUCAUGUAAUAUAAUCCACCAUUUACAUGGUUACUGAAAAACAGUUUCUCAUGGGUUCCGAUGAUCACGGCACGGAACAGAAGUGGUUUUCAUAAACUGUGAAAUCCUUUGGUGUCUUAUUGCCAGUAGCUAGAAGGAAUACCCUUAUUAGCUCAGUUGUUACAGUACAGGGAGUCCCUGGUUCAAAUACCCACAUGUGAAGGUUGUGUUUUUUCAAGCUGAUAUUUAUGUAAAUGCUGUAUGUUGUUAUAUUUACUUUUUCUUGAUCUCUCUUAAUGUCAGUGUUUUUUGCAGGGUUAUUCCUAACCUAAAAUAAUGGCUAUGGGGUGCCAUAGAAAGUAAAAACUUGGGACAUAAAAUAUAUGGUCUUUUCAUCUCGACAGAAUGGGUACCUGUAAAAUAAAAGAGUAUAUUUUCGUAGCACCUGGCAUAUGCCCACCCCAAUGGAUACAGCCCUGUUUUUGAACACCACAUUCCAUGAUAAACACAAAUACUUUCUUAUUUUGUUGUGAUUUAAUAUUUAUCAUAACAUUGAAGAUUUGUUUCUUGUUUUUCGUUUUUAUAUUUUGAAUCUGUUGUGAUAUGUUUAAUAAGAAUAUUCCAUAUUUAUGUUUCUUGACCUUGUCAUUUUGUUUUUAUCUCAGAUCUGAAGACAUUUGAAUAUUUCUCUAAAAAGUAUAAAUUCAUUUUAAAUUUGUCUUUUCCUGAUAACAGUUGGACUGUAUUUGCUAUGUACUUGAAAACCCACACUACUUUACAGUAUCUAUUAGUGUUUAUUUAAAGAGUUGUUAAAACAAUAUAUCAAGUGUCAGAUUAUCAUGUUUUAGCUGCUAAAUCAUUCAUUUGUUUACUCUCUCUCUCUCUCUCUCUCUCUCUCUCUCUCUCUCUCUCUCUCUCUCUCUCUCUCUCUCUGAGUGAGGCUGGUGUCAGGAUUAUAUCACAAAAUCUGGAGUGCAGUAAAAUAAAUGGAGCUGUUGAACAAUUAUGUAACACAAAAUCUGUAAUCUAUUUUGACUUCACCCAUAUAACGUUUUAUAACGCUGAAACCACUGGCUGCUGAAAAUAUUACAUAAUGCUUAUCAAAAACCUCGCCAUUUUCCGGUCAAUGUGACAAACAUUAUUGGAUUUUUUUUAAUACUUUUUUCUUUGGUAACACUAGAUAAAAGAUCACAUUGAAUUAAGCAAAUUGAUCUUGACUGGUACUGUGUUUUGAAAAUGUUACGUAACUUUUGAGAAACAACUUCCCUACUGUCCCACAUACCGUUUUUUUUUUUUUAAAUAUACCAGACAACUCUCUCCCCCCCCCCCCUCCCCCCCAGUUACGUAAUUGUUGCAGCGGACUUCCUACUAUGGCCUUAAUUGAAACAAAAAAUUAAAGGAUUUCUUUUCUUCACCGAAUUUCAUUUUAUUAUUCAAUGCAUAAGUAUUUUCUAUCAAUUCUAGCGGUUGCCUAGUAAUUAAAGUUGCAAUAUCGAUGUGACCUCAUUCAGUUUGUAUGAUGCCAAGUUAUAUCACCUCUUUUAAUAAAGUACAUAUAAUAUUAUAUAGUUAUGCAAGGCGCCGUUUACAUAUGUAAUGUAAGGCGCCGUUUACAUAUGUAACGCAAUUUUUGUCAAAAUUAGACACAUACCACCCCCCCCCCCCCCCACCCCCCUGUAACACUCCAUGCCGGUAUAACAUUCACCCCCAAAAUACUACAUAACGCUUGGAGACCACCCUCCCCCCAUUCAUAAAGAAGUCAUGCGAUGGGUGUAAUAUUAAUUUCAAAGUAGUUUUGUUAUUUUGAAAAAGCGCAGAUACACAUUUCAACACGUUUAUAAUCCUUAUAUAUUGUAUGUAUAUGCCUAACUAUACGUUAAAUAUUGUCGCAUUUAUAUAAAAAAAAAAACACCCCACAAAACAAAAUAAACCAUUUUAGAUUUUUUUUUUUUUUUUUAAAAGAGUUACUUAAAACUGUUAAAUACACCCACCCACCCUCUGUAACGCUACAUAACGUUUGGACCUACACCCACCUACCCUUUCGAGCGCUAUGUAAUAUUUGAAUGGCCCCUAUGAAAGUAAGAAAAGACUGCUAAAGUCUGGAUUUGGACCUCUUUUUUUUUUACACAUUCAAACCUAGAUAUUAGCAGAAUACGUGCAAAACGAUUAUGUUUAUGUAAAACGAGUCUCUUGUUUAUCAAGGCUAUUGGCAGCACCAGUUUAGUGAGGCUGCUGGCGUAUUUCAGUUCUGUGUAGAGUAAUUAAAUUAGUACAGGUCGAUAUUGCAGCUUUAAUCGGUAUUCAGGCCUUACCCCAAAAUGUAUCAUUUGUAAACUGAAAAUAAACUGAGAAUAAAAAAUGAAACGAUCAAA